AUGGUAAUAUUUGGAAUACGGAGACCAGCGUUGCUCGUUUUCGUCGCAGCAGGAGCAGCUUCAGGGCUUCUGCUGACCACCAACAAUGGAGUCAUCUAUGAUGGUGAUGGCAACGUGGUCAAAUUCAGGGGCAUCGGGUGGUUCGGCUUCAAUUCUGCGUUUUCAUACCCGGAGGGCCUGUGGAUGGGCAAGGACAGUGUGACACAGGACUUUGCCACCAAUGUGUGGCGGAUGAAGCAGCUGGGAUUCAAUGCCAUUCGACUGCCCUUCCGCUUCACUGACUUUGAAGUUGACCCCAUCCCAGUCAAGCACGAGUGCCAAGUCGCCCCUGCGCUGAACCUCAAGUACACGAUGGUGCCGGAUUCGUUCCCCAACCUUCCGCGUAGCUCCCUGGACCUCCCUGCCGAGGCCCCUCCGGCGGUGCCUGGCUCAAUCUGCUCCGCGCAAUUUCUCGACACGCUGCCGGUGUACGACCGUUACCUGAUGGUUAUCAAAUUCUACGUCGACCAGGGGUUUUAUGUAAACAUCGACUACCACACCACCGACCCCGACUACAGGCUCAAGGACUUUAAUUCGUUUAUCAGCAAUUGGACCACGCUGGUCACGCGGGUGCUGACAGAGAUCCCAGAGGCAAAAGGCAGAAUCGUGCUUGAUCUCAUCAAUGAACCAGAUGGCCACAAAAUGACCUGGCAGGGAAGCGGCAACAUUGGGGGUCUGGCAGAUUACUACAUCGCCCUCAUGGAUGCCCUGUGGCCCAUCUGCCCAGACUGCCUCUUCCUGGGAGAAGGCACCGGAGCUGCCAUGGUCGGAGCAAAUUAUGGCGACGGGUACGUCAUCGAUCAGUCAGUGGUGCGGAACUCGGGCGCCAGCGAUGCCACUCCCUUCUUCAACCGCCUUGUCAAGAAAGCAUACGCGUCUCAGUUCAUGGCCGCACCGCACAUUUACUGCGGAGAGGUCACGGGGCAAACUUACGGUACUUCCGGCAAGCCGCUCUACAACAAGCUCACCAUGACAUUCGGUCACCUCACCCUCAGCCCAGGUUUCUGCCCCACGGACGGAGGGGCCUGCCGUGUGUUUGGGGCUGUCGUGGACGAAUUUGGAUCCAUGUUCAAUAGCGCGGAUGAGCAGACGUGCUUCCGGUCCAUUGUGGCUUAUAUGAACAACGAGCUAGAGGCGGCUGAUGGGCAGCAUGCCAUGAUCGAGAACUGGUUUUACUGGUCUUGGCAGCCGGACUCCUACGGAACUGGUGGCAUCCUUGCGGAUGAUUACCGCCAGUUACAGUGGUUCAAGGUCAAUGCCCUGACCGGGGGAACCAGCUACAUGUCCACAGGUCUGGGCCUGCGCCCCUGGUAUCUUGCGGACUUCUCACCGCUGCCGGAGCUCGGCACCGCACCGCCGCCGGCCGCGGCACCCUCCAACUCACCCUUCCCAGAUUUUCCCCCGGCAGGCGCGCAUCUGCUUAAUCCCCCUUAG